AUGUCGGGUGUGUGCCGGUCACUUGAUGAUGAUAGGUUGAGCAACUUGCCCUUGGCACUGAAACAUAUCAUCCUAAAUCGUCUGCCGAUUCAUGAUGCCGCAAGAACAUGUGUUUUGUCGAAAGCUUGGAGGGAAACAUGGACAACGCAGCCCUGCCUAGCUCUUAAUAUGUUGUUUUAUGUGCGAGUGAUUCAUAACAAAAACCAAGAAGCAGCGCAGCUGUCUGCAUUUUCAGCAGCAGUCGACAAGAUUCUUUCGGUCCGCACUGACCCGAUAUCGGACUUUCAAAUGUUCAUCCCACCCAAACUUCACAGCCAUCAUAUCCAUCACUGGAUUCACCUUUUACCAAAGGAGGAUGUUAGGGUGUUGAAACUCGAUAAUUCGCAAAAUUAUGCUUGCUUACCUCCCUCAUAUCUUUAUGAUUUCGCAAAUUUAAAAGAGUUAGGACUCUUUAAGUGGAGACUGAGCCCGCCACCUCAAUCUAGAUGCUUCUCUAAUCUAGUCUCUGUUGAUCUUAUUAGUGUCUCGAUCUUUGCUCCUGUAUCAUUUGGCACCCAUCUCCAAGUUCUGAAAUUGCACGGAUGUACUGGCAUUGAACAUCUGGUCUUCAUCUAUUUUAACAAUCUCAAAACGCUGAUUAUUGAUUUCAUCCAGAGUAAAUCUGUCAAUUUGAUCAGGCUUCUUAGCAAUUGUACAAGAAUCAAUAUCCUUGUCCUCAAUGAUUUUCUCCUUGAGAUAUUGGGACCGGAUCCCUUUACGGUGAAGACACAUGCGACAAAGAUGGUGAACUUGAAGACGCUAGAUUUCUGUGUUCUUUCAUUUAUCUUGCUUCGGAUUUCAAAUUGUCUUUGCUUGAUCAGAAAUCUUCCCAACCUGCAAAAGCUUAGAGUAACACUGGAUUUUAAAGAGACGAGAUCAAAUUCUGUAGACUCCGCAAUUGAAAGUUAUCUGGAAGCACUCGACUGGGAAGAUGUGGUACUAAGCAAACUUCAAAUUGUGCAAAUACAUGGUGUAAUAGGUGUAAGAUCCGAGCUUCAAUUUUCCAAGAUUUUACUCGCAUCUUCCCCAUCGCUUAAAGAGAUUUCAGUUUUCUGCAACAGAGAAAUAACUAGUUUCAAUGAGAAAAUGAGGAUUAAACAAGAGUUCUUGCAGUUACCUAAAAAAUCCCAGCAAGCACAACUUUUAUGGCAUGAUUGGCUUCUUUAG